GCAAGAUGUUCCUAAUCAAGGCAAUGAUGCCCAACCCACUGGCUGGUUUGAAUCCUAUGGGUGGAGGGGAGGAGGAAGUGGAGUCGGCACCUGCCGACCCAGCCAAAGCAGCAGGGAUGACACGCGAGGAGUAUGAGGAGUACCAAAAACAGUUGGUAGAGGAGAAGAUGGAGAGAGACGCAGACUUCUUACACAAGAAGGCCGAGCGGGCAACUCUGAGGGUGUGCCUAAGAGACAAGUACAGGCUCCCAAAGAGCGAGCAGGACGAUAACAUGCUCGCAAUGGCCGGAGACGAUGUGGACGUACCCGAGGAGCUGCUCAAGAUGGUGGACGAGGAUGCCACGGAGGAAGAAGACAAAGACUCCAUCUUGGGUGGCAUUCAGAACCUCCAGAACAUGGACAUGGACCAGCUCAAGGAGAAGGCCUCGGCCACCGUGACGGAGAUGAAAGCCAAGGCAGAGGAGAAAUGCUCUGUCAUGUAAAUGAAAUAAAAUGCCAUAUUUCAGUUCACUGAUCAGGGGUGAAACUUAACUUCCACUUCAGUAAAAAAAAAAUGUCAUUUAGACUCGGCUUAUGUGGAAGUUAGGAUUCGCUCCUAACAGUCCAAGAGUUUCUAGUCGUCACCAUGCCGCAGACCUGGGUUUCAAAUUAGUAUCUGAGAUCUUUCAAAGUCUCCUUUGAGUGUUUUGAUUGAGCCUGUCUGGGGAUUGCCAGAUGGAUGGCCCGGGUUGGUUUGGGACUAUUGUGCAAUCAAGCACAGCUAAAAGAAAACAAAUACAAUUUGAAGGUCCCAGGUCCUUCUCUCAUUCUCGGCACCCCCCAAGCUGUGAAAGCUCCCUGGAGAUGUAUGUCCAAUGGCAGAGGGUCUUGUUGGAAACUCACUUCCGAACAACCUCGUGUGAAUGGUCUGUUUUGAUGUGUUCCCUUAAUUUGCCGGAUAGGUCAUUUGUUGUAUGAAUAAAUUGUUUUAGAUUGUUGCUCCCCCUCUGUCCUUCUCGUGUUAUUCUUUUUAUUUAAUCUGGGAUAAUUACUUAAUUAACUAAUACAUUUUCUCAUGAAUUAAUGGAGAAAUAACAGUGAAGUUGGCCACUUUUCUUACACUCUAUGCAGACCAAAUGCGACUGACAAUAUGCAUUCUGUUGGAAAUCCUCAUCCACACAGACGAUUGUGCAACUUUCAAAAUCCCCUCCAUCAAUGUUCAUCAGAAACAACAAGCAUAAACCAAGCCUGAAAGAGACACAUAUUUGCAGUUUUGCACAAAUCCUCAGUUGAAUAAAAUAUGUAGUCUUCAUUCCAUACUCAAACAUUAACUUUGCCUGACACUAACACUGAAGUACUAAUGUUGAGA